AUGAAUGACCAAUUUUGGAAAGGUCUGCUGGCAAUUCGAAAUACUCCUCUCUUAUGUGGUAAGAGUCCUGCAGAAUUGCUGCUUGGCAGAACACUCCACGAUUCCCUCCCUCGUUAUCCUGGUCCAACAACGUUAGAUAAUGAGACGAAGGCGAAAAUCCUUGAUAUCAAUAAAAAAGAGAAAGAUACCUAUGAUCAACAUACUACCCCAUUACCUCCCCUCCAGACUGGUAUCCGUGUAGGUAUUCGUUCUCGCGUCGAUUCCGAUUGGUCACUACUUGGAACAAUUGCUGAAAUUAAACCGAAUCGCACCUACAUAGUAUUAACCGACCAAGGGUCUACACUCACCCGUAAUCGAAGAUAUCUAAGACCUUCACCUUCCCCUCCUAGUAACAAUACGUUUCAACAGAAUGACGAACAGAACCCAACCCCAACGACUAAUCCAUUGGGAGGAAGGCAUGUGGGACUACGCGAUCCAUAUGAUUUAAGAAAGAGAUGUCCUAAAAACUGA